GAGCUUGAGAAGUCAGCGUCAGUAACAGAACACCUUAAGCCAGCAGAGAUCCUCCUGGACACACCACAGCAGGGUCCCAGGAGGCCUCUGGGCUCUAGGUAUAGAAGCCGGAUCCCCAUUUUGUUCUCUGAGGAGGACACUGGCUCAGAUCUCUCAACGUCACUCUCAGCCAAGGAGAGGCUUUAUAAGAGGGCAAAGCAACCUGACUUGGCUCGUCUCGUGAUGGAGAAGAGGCAAAACCGCCUCCUCAGGCUGGCCUCGGGGGCGUCCUCCUCAGCAUCCUCCAGCGACGAGAGGCGGCGGGCCUCAGAAACCCUGUCAGCCACCGGUUCUGAGGAGGACACCCACGACUCUGAUGACUCCAUCCCACGAAAGGCAGGGAAGGAGAAAGCUGGCCUCCUGGGGAAAGAAGAGAAACUCAUAAGCACAAAGAGCAGAAUUCCUCGGCCCAUCACGCCAGUGAAAACACCGCUAGAGGCCAUGAAGUCUGAGAGCUCCACAGCCAUGGCGAUGGCGGUGCUGUGUAGCUCCCCACAGGAUGCUGCUGUUGCCCACAGGCUUCAGGCACAGAGACCAGCUGGAAAUGUCCCAAACGAUGGCCGAACAACACAGACACAAAGUCGGCCUCCUCCUUCACCAAGUUCCACUUCUCUUCCUCCACGGAGCAGCUCACGGAGGUCCAGUUGUGCAUCCCCUCGGAGCCCUGUUCUUCCUUCAAAAAACCCCAGUGCUUCCCCCAGAAGCCAGUUGCUGCCUCGGAGGGAAAGUCCUUCUCCCUGCCGGCAGCAUAAGCCAGGGACUGCCCUUCAGCGAGUUCCACCUUCCCCCCGACCUCAGCCCCAAGCUCAGGCCCCGGGGCCAACAGGAGACUCCCUGCCCUCUCCUGGUGUGGCCAAAAAACGUCAAAGAGGAAAAACCCAGACUCAGAGUCCAGCAACCAAAGGAAAGCAGGUGUCCCCGGAAAGUAAGGCAGCUGCCAGAUAAUGAUCCUCUGCCAACCUGACAGACUGGGUAACUUCUGCAUAUAGUAUACACUUGAGAUGCUGCAGCACAGCCUUCCAUGCCGGAACCACGAGUGUAUAGCAGUAGCUGUACUUCAAUGCUUCACUCACUCUCCCCCCACACCGUCGCGAUCAGCUCCCACGGGCCUGAGAGCCUCUGAGCCACGGAGCCUUCUUCGAGGGAAACAUCCAGUCCGCAGCUCACGCUUGCUACUGCACAGCACCAAGCAGCACCCAGGCAGCCUGCCUAGUGCCUAACCCUCCCCUCUCCCUAGGCAUUCCCCUCUCUCUGUUAGCAAUACCAGUCGCCAAUACCGACCCUGGCUUCGGAAAGAGGAGCAGAGGUGAUGAGAGCAAGGCCUGCUGGGGAGGAAGGCUCCUGUCCUGCAAGCAGCUCCCUCCUCUCUCUUUGCUGGAGAACACCAGCCUUGGCUGCCAGCACCUGAGUGUUGGCUCAGCUCCUGCCACCCGUGUAAGCGAAGGAUUGUCACCAGCUCAGCCAAGGGUGAUGGAUGUGUCGUGAGCUAAGAGGAGCAGGAGAGGGGUGGAGGGGGUUUUGCUCUCCUUCUCAGAGGUGCCUCUGCAGGCAGGAGGGGGAGGCAGGCAGGUCUUGCUGGAUGCUCCUACCUGCUCCAGUGUGUCCCACAGAGGAGGCAGUCUGUUUCUGCAGAUGCCCAUGUGGCAGGUGUUUAGGUGGAAGUAGGGCUGUAUUGGCAGCUUGCUGGGAAAUCAAGAGCGCUUGCUAAUUGAUGUGGAAGAGAGCACACUGCAGCUGCUUCUGUCUCAAAUACCGAACUGUGACCUGCGGAGACCACAUCUCCCAACACGGGUGGUUCCUCUCAACCUCUCAAAGUGUGGUCGGUGCCGCAGUUCUGUAGUCCACCAGACACAGCUCCAUCCUGAAGAUGUGAAUAGUCACUGGAUGCCUUCAGCUCAGGUGCCCUCUGCACCGAAAUUCCUUGUGCUUUAUUGUUCACGCUCUUGGUGUUUGUGAAUUUUGGCACUGUGGUUGAAAGUUCCCCUACACAGCAGGGUGGGAAAUAAUUAUCCUGUAGUAUAUUCAAAAGCUGCUGCUUUGCAAGGAGAGGUUUGCUGGUACACCGUGGGUAUCUCGUGCAUUUCUAACGGGGAGAUCGGGUUUAUGUCUUUCUCUUUCUCGGUGCUCAGCUCUUCCACACGUUGCGUGAGAACUAACAAUGUGAAUACAAAAGCAAGGGCUGUGCUCUUCAAAUAAUCUUAUCAGAGCAGAAGCUUAGCUCUCACUUAGAAUUAUGCACCAACUUUUUAGCCCCCCAACUAAUUAGGAAGGUUUGAAAAUUUAAGCCAGGAGGAUUGAUACCUGUCUGAGCCUGAUGAGAUCUUGAAGUAGUCACAAAAUUUUCCCCUCGCCGCACAGGGGGAAACACUCCAGACCCGAAUACUUUGGGCUUCACUCCAUUGUCAUGCCUAAAAGAGGCUUUCCAUGAGGCAGAACAAAAAUGUGGGUGUUCUGCCCACCCAUUCCUGCGGCUGCAACUAGCAGUGUCAGUAAAUAUUUGCAGACAAAAAAGCUCGAUGGAGGAAUCUGGAUGGUAAUAACCUUGAUUCAUUGAACACACAUACAAACAGCCACAUUCAUGGCCAUCAAGUCCAAGGAAUCCUGAAGUUGUUCACAUCUGCAGGAACUGCUCUGGAAAGCAUGGAGCGUGAGAGCUGUGAUGGGGUGGCUGGGAGAACAGGGCACUCCUUGAACAUCUGAAGAGGGAAAUGCCUAGAAAUAGGUGAUGGGAAUUACCUCUUUACACAACAGUUCCAGUGUUGGCAACACUAGGAAUUUAUGUUAUACAGCUCAAAAUGUUUGUUGUUCUCCUUAAAAGUUGUUCGCCCUUGUAGAGUAAGAAGCAUAGCUUCUAGGCUAAAAACACAUCCCAGCUCUCAUCUCUGAAGAGAAGCGUUGGGAACUCCACACCUAGGUUGUGGUUUGAUGGACUGAGCUGCCUUUGCCACCAACAGCAGAGGUCCCUCCAAGUUCCAGCUGCUUUUUGCACUGUCCCACCUUACGCUGGGGCAGCUGUUUGGUGAAGUGGCUGGGCACAUGGAUCCAGUAGGACAACAAGCACUCUGGUUUGCUGGUUUAGUUUUCACCUAUUCAUCAGUCAGGUUUAGCCUUUGGUCACACAAACGCUUCUGCCAGAAGUGGAGGAAGGAGAGGACAGAGAGUGCAUCCACUUCUUCUGGGGGCACGAUGCCUUCACAUGAGUUUGAAGUGUUGGUCCAAAUACGUCCUAAAUAUGCCCCACGUGUUUUGAAACUAGAAAACAGAAUAAACCCAAACUUACAGAUUCUUUCUGGAAAUACAAAUGGUAAUGACACUCCUAUUGCUUUGUCAAGAGACCAUUCAUUUUGGAGUGCUUAGAUGGUAAGACUUUGUCAGCGAAGCCAUUACCAGAUGCUCCAUCCAGGUCUUAUACAUGCCAAAAAGACAUUGAAAGAGCUUGGAAAGAGUGCUGUAGGACUAUUUAUAGGAUUAGCAAACCUGCCUUAUCGUGGGAGGCCAAUGAAGCACAAUCAUUGUAUUUGUUCAAUCCAUCUAGCACAGGAAAGCAGGAAAGACUGAGUAGCUGAGAAUGGCAGGUGAAGAAACUGGGCAAGCUUUUAGUUGUGAAUUGACUAUCCAGCGAAAUCUUUCACAGGAAUGUGGUGACUUUUUAUUAUUAAAAAGGUUUUCUGAGAAACCUCCGUGUCUUCUAAGAGGUCUUCCUACCAUGACCCAACCACGAGUAGCGGGCAGGAUGCUGGUGACACCAAGGUGACAGCUCCCUGGUGUGGUGCAGUCGUUUCCCCAUCAUGCAAGACACAUGCCGCAUGUUGGAGAGCCACCAGAGAGGUCCCACAGGUUUCAGAAAGUCAGUGAAAGAUUUCCAGCACAGGAGAUAACAGCCUUUCCUCGUGCUGUUUGACAGGGCUGGGCUGAUAGUGCAGCUGGAUCCACACGGAUCUGGGAGCACCAGCACGUGCUCCAGGAUUUGGUGGCUUGCUGGUUUGGGUUAACCCCGCAGGGCCAGGGACUCAUUCCCUACUUCCCCUCGGCAGGCAGAUGUUCAGCCAUCUCCAGGAAAGCAGGGUCCAUCACGUGGAAUAGCUUCUUGAGAAGAUAAAUGCCAUAGGUCUGAUUGUCCCCUCCUCCUCCUUAUUUCCUCCCCGGUUUUAUUGUUCAGCAUGAUGCCAUAUGAUAUGCAAUAUCCCUCUGGUUGCUUUGGGCCAUCUGUCCUGGGUCCUCGCUGGCAGGGCAGCACGAGAAGCUGAAAAGCCCUUCAGUGGUAGCACUGCUCUGUAAUAACUAAAAUAUCGUUGUGUUACCAGCACUGUUUUCACCACAAAUCCAAAACAUAGCACAGUGUGAGCCUCUAUGAAGAAAAUUAGCUCUAUCCCAGCCAAAACCAGAACGCUUGCUCCCUGUUCCAGGUGUCAGCAGAGAUGCUGAAAGCAGACAAUCUAAGCUUUCUCUAGCCCUGAAGGACAAGGUGCCCUGUUACAACCCCAAAAGGCAGGAAAGGCAUGGCCCUGCUGUUCCCUGCCAUGGAACAUGGUGCAUGGGCUCUGCCGAGCCUCAAGGACACGCAGGGAUGCUCAAACACCACUAGUAGCAUAAGCAGAGAAGAUCCAGCUGACCAGACCAGAGGAAACAUGUAGAAAAAAUAAAUAAAUGUGCUUGGAGUUGGGGGGAGGAGAAGCAGACUUCCCAACACUUUUCCACAUUUGUGGGGAUUUCUGGAAGGAGCCUGACACGAUGCAUAGGUUCCCUGUUGGUGUGUUUGCUGCAGGGUCUGUCCUGGCCAGUUGCACAGGGCUGUAGUUUUUGAAGGGACUCCUGGAACAGCCCGCUGCUGUGUUUGUGUCUGUGUGUGCAUGUGUGUGGGUGGCAGGGAUGGUUUGGAUUUGCUCAGGAGUAUGCCCAGAGUUGAGCUUUGUGGGGUCUUGUGCGUGCUGGGAGCAAAAGUGUCUUUGAGUCUAGCUGGUAUCGAGAGAUGCCGCAAACACUCUGCUGAGAGUUUUUGCUUUGCUGGGAUCUGCAAAUGUCCUGCCUGCUUUCUUGUGUGCUGGCUGAGAAGAUGGGCUGCUAAAAAUGAGUCAAUGGGUGCUGUCUGUCCAGGAGACAUUUACAGAGAAACUGGGAUAUGGGAGUAUGGCAGAUCUGAAAGACAGUUCUCAGCACUGCAACAGCAUGACGACAGGUUAUAUGGGCAGAGGGAGCAAAAAGACUGAUGGUGCCCAUCAGGAUAAUGCCGUGGAAGAGCGUAAACACGUGCUGGAGACACUAACCUGAACUUGGUUGGCAGCACAUACACUUCUGCUUGUCUUGGUGCAAAAGGUGUUUCAGUCACAGGCAUCUCUGAGCCGUGCUUGGAAGUUGUGAGAGGCAGGACACUUUGCUUGCCCUUUCUAAGUAGAGAGUAUUAUAAUAUAUAUAUAUAAAUAUAUAUAAAAUUAUAACGAUAUAAUAUAAGUAGUGUCCAUUAUAUAUAGUGGCUAAAGGUUGAAAAGGAUCCUGGUACCCUCGAAGAAGUGCCCUGAUGCUACGUGACUUCCAGGGUGUGCAGGACCGUGUGGUGACGUGGGUGGCGACACAGGGUACCCCUCUGAGUGAGUGAGGCUCCACGAACCAGGGGCCAAAACACACCGCCUUGGAUGGUGGGCAGCCCUUGUGCCUGCCAUCAGAGUUGUAAUAACCAUGGAUCUGGGUCUGGAGACCGCUCGGGUGGUGGCCCUUCACCGACACAAGCACGGUGUUGUGUGCUAGUGGCGUGCUUCGAUCCAAAGCAAGUUGUGUUGGGGCAAGAGUAUCUUUGAUGUUUCUCCUUCCCAACACAGAGGUGUUUUCUCAGCAUAGAUCCUCUGUCAGAAGAUGGCUAAACAUCUCCUUACAGCCUGACCAGCUCCAGCAGUAGCUCGAUGGUCCCUUAGCACACCUCUCCCUUCCCUGUAUAGUUCACUGCCCCGUGGCAUGAUCCCACCACUACUCCUUGUGCACAGACACUGAUGCUCACCCAAGGCCUUGCUCCACACAUCAACAAACUGCAGUUAAAUUAAUCCCAUGAACACGGUACAAGUCCCUUUGUGGACCUGAUGAGUUUGGCUUCGAACAAGCUUCUUCUGGCUUAACUGGCCUGAGCUGUAUCUGCGAUAGGCUGGUUUCACAAAGCACACAGGGACCACCUGGGCAUUUGCAACCACCUGUAACUCCAUCCAUUUGCCAGCUGCUCCAAGGUCCUUUCCUCUUGUUUUGUGUGUCUGAACCACUGAGAGCAGGGUGAGUGCCCAAGGACUCCCUGCUGGCUGGCUCCCAAAGUCCUCUGCAGAACCCUAAAUAUUUUUUGCUCUUCCUCAGCCUCUUGCUGAUCUUUGAAGGACUGGGACCGUGCUGAUGGUAACAGCAGAGGCAGCUGAUGUUAAGAUAGCAGGAAGGGAGCUACCACAGCAAAUCCACGGGUAGGUUCCUGGUAGGGACCGAGGUGUGAGCGCGGGGUCGCUGAGGGAGGCAGGGGCUGCUGUCUACGUGGCACUUGAGUAAAUGGCUGCUGGGGUGCCAGGGUAGUUCUUGGGCUGCAGUCCGCAGGUGGUGUGAAGAGCUCUGCAGAACACAGGGGCUAGGCGAGGAGUCCACAUCUAAAUCCAGUCCGUGUGUGAAAACCAGUGUCAGUGACACUGCUGUCGUGUGGGACCUGGGCCGCUUCUUGUCUGGACAGGAAUUGGAGCUGGAAACGCAGAUAAUUUUGUAUAUCUCCUUUCAACACAUUACCCUGGGACUCUACACUCAGACAUCAUAGCUGGCGCACCGAUGUUGUUUUCCUUCACCUCUUGACACAGUCCGACAAAGUCUUUUGGCCUGGAGACAGGACUCUUGCUCCUUGGUACUGUCUGGGAAUGCGACUGGGUCCCGAGGCUAAAUCUCUCUACAUAUCUCCUUUGCAUUCGUUAGGAAAGCAGCUCGAGAAUGUUUACACACUGCAAACAGAAUGUACAACUCCGACCAGGAACCACAAUCUGGUUCAACUGCAUGGCAAAUUUCUUGGCCAUAAAAUCUGGCAUGCAUCACAGAGGCCCUGUCUGUGUACAGAUCCACCCGGCAUUUGUCAUAACUUCAGAUCACGUCUUAAAAAAGAAAAAAAAAAAUAAACGAUGAUGCCAUUUCUUGUUCAUACCAGACACAGUUGUCAUUAGAUUUGUUAUUAAAAGGGGGUUUCUUGAUCAUGCCAUUAAAAGCCUGUCUACCUUUUCA